CUAUGCCUUGUCAUGCCAUGUUUCUGACUCUAUUGGCUGGAGCCAAACAGGUUGUUGGAUUCUAUUACACGCGUAUAUAACUUGCUCACCGCGUCCAAAGCUUACAAUUUCGCUUUUUCCUCCGUCUCGCUCUCGCGUAUUAAUUCCUUGCAAGGCAAACGGCCAUUUCAUUGUUUCUUUCUGCAAAGUUUCCAUCUUUCUCUCGGAUAUGGCGGAAUCUAAGAGCAAACUCGAAUCUAUGAGGGAAUGGGUCGUCGAGCAUAAGCUUCGAACUGUUGGUUCUCUGUGGCUUAGCGGACUUGCGGGUUCGAUUGCGUACAACUGGUCUCAACCAAAUAUGAAAACCAGCGUCAAGAUCAUUCACGCUAGGUUACAUGCACAGGCUCUCACACUAGCUGCAUUAGCUGGUGCUGCAGUGGUCGAGUGGUAUGACCACAGAACUGAAGCGAAGGCGGAUCGAUAUGCAAAGUUUCUUCCAGUUGAUGCAUACUCAUCACACAAGGAUUGAGUGAACUUUUGAUAUAACCUGCGUUGAGUAAAAUUUGCUAGGAAUUUAUACCAAUGGAGGAUAAUAAAAUUACUUGUAACGAGGCCACAAAUAUGUUUUUGUCCCUUUCCCAUUACAUCUUUUUGAAGCAAGUUGUAUUGGGGUUGUUUGGUAUCACAUUAUUUUAGUAUGCAACUAUGGCAGCUCGCAAGUAAUCAGAUUCGAAGGCAAUCUGUCAUCACUUUUCCCAAAAUUAUUUUUGUAUUAUCUUGUACUUACCUUGACCACCCAUUAUUACCCAGCAUUGAUUGUAGUAAAAUUCGUUGUUACAAA